AUGGCGACGAAACAGGGAUCAAAAUCAAGAAGAUUAGGUUUAAUAAAUAAUUCAAAGAAAGCAACAGCGAAUUCACCAUCAUCAUCGACAACAUCAUCUUCUAAGCAAUUUUUAGAGACUUCUAUUGACGGUCAAAGCUCACCUGCAUCCUCCUCAGCUCGAAGCAAACCACAGUAUUGUUACUCUGAAAGUGUUAAUUUAGAUACUGAGAGAUCCAAAGAAAAUGUAACUGUUACUGUCCGGUUUCGACCCUUAAGUCCUAGGGAAAUUAGGCAAGGAGAGGAGAUUGCGUGGUAUGCAGAUGGAGAAACUAUCGUGCGAAAUGAACAUAAUCCAUCUAUCGCGUAUGCCUAUGGAGAGUUAGUUUUGAUUGUUUUAAUUGGAAUGUUGUCACGUCAUGGUAGCGAAUAUCGGGUGUUUGGUCCUACAACUACAACACGUCAUGUAUAUGAUGUUGCUGCUCAGCAUGUUGUCAAUGGUGCUAUGGAAGGAAUCAAUGGCACGAUUUUUGCAUAUGGAGUGACAAGCAGCGGGAAAACCCAUACCAUGCAUGGGGAUCAAAGGUCACCUGGAAUUAUACCAUUAGCAGUGAAGGAUGCUUUUAGUAUCAUUCAAGAGACCCCAAACCGAGAAUUCCUCCUCCGUGUUUCAUACUUGGAGAUCUAUAAUGAGGUUGUCAAUGACUUGUUGAAUCCGGCAGGACAAAAUUUAAGAAUAAGAGAAGAUGCUCAGCUCUAUGACUUGACAUCAUGGAGUCAAGUAGUCUGCCCUAAUGCCUCUGACUUCGUUGAUGUAGUUGGCAGAGGUCUUGGAAUAUGUAUAAAUCUUACGGUACAAGCUGCAAGUCUGCUUGGUUCUCUAGGUGGAAUGGGCUUUUUCUGGAUGUCUCAUUCUGGUUUUGCUUCUGUGGGUAUUGAGGAACAGUUGGUAUUCAGAAUCAGCAGAUUUUUAUUUUCUGCUGAGGGAACCUUUGUCGAGGGAAUAAAAGAAGAAGUUGUUUUAUCCCCUGCUCAUGUCCUUUCCCUUAUAGCGACUGGAGAAGGUAACUCUCAAGUCACAUCACAUGAAGUAAGAAAAAGCAAGAGGAUUACAAUAGAGAGUAGCCUGUAUGGUGAAAAUAGCGAAGGAGAGGCUGUAAAUUUGUCCCAGCUGAACCUCAUCGAUCUGGCAGGUUCUGAAAGCUCAAAGGCUGAAACUACUGGUGUGAGAAGGAAAGAAGGAUCCUAUAUUAAUAAAAGUUUGCUGACACUUGGAACUGUUAUAUCGAAGUUGACAGAUGGGAGAGCCACUCAUGUUCCAUACAGGGAUUCUAAAUUGACAAGGCUUCUUCAGUCUUCAUUAAGCGGUCAUGGGCGUGUAUCACUCAUUUGCACUGUCACUCCCUCAUCAAGUAGUUCAGAAGAGACGCACAAUACUUUAAAAUUUGCCCACCGUGCAAAGCACAUUGAGAUUCAAGCAGCACAGAACAAGAUUAUUGAUGAGAAAUCGCUUAUCAAGAAGUACCAAAAUGAGAUACGCUCCUUAAAGGAAGAGCUAGAACAAUUGAAAAGGGGUAUUGGGAAAGUUCCUCAAUUGAAGGACAUCGUAGAAGAUGACAUUGUCCUCCUCAAGCAGAAGCUAGAAGAUGGUCAAGUGAAACUGCAAUCAAGAUUGGAACAAGAAGAAGAAGCUAAAGCAGCUCUAUUGGGCAGAAUACAGCGGUUGACAAAGUUAAUUUUGGUUUCCACAAAAGCUCCACAGCCAUCAAGGAUUUCUCACCGCCCAGGUCCAAGGAGGAGACAUUCCUUUGGAGAAGAAGAGCUUGCAUACCUACCGUACAAGAGGCGGGACUUGAUAUUGGAGGAUGAAAACAUUGACUUGUAUGUUUCUCUUGAGGGGAAUACUGAAAGUGCAUACGAGACACUGAAAGAGGAGAAGAAAACCCGAAAGCAUGGAUUGCUGAACUGGUUAAAGCUACGGAAACGAGAUAGCAGGUUGGGUAUGAGCACCAAUGACAAAUCAAGUGGAGUUAAAUCUAAUAGUACACCUUCAACACCUCAAGCAGAAAACAAUAAUUAUUAUACAGAAUCCAGACUUUCACAUCCUUUACUUACAGAAAGCUCUCCAUCAGCUGAUCUACUAUCUGAGGUCAGGCAGGAGAGAGAGGUUCCAGACGACAAUUUCCUUGGGCAGGAAACUCCUUUGACUAGCAUAAAAACAAGUGAUCAGAUUGAUCUUCUAAGGGAGCAGCAGAAAAUUUUAUCUGGAGAGGUGGCACUCCAUUCAAGUGCUUUGAAGCGAUUGUCUGAGGAGGCUUCAAGGAAUCCCCAGAAAGAACAGAUUCAGUUGGAGAUGAAGAAGUUGAGUGAUGAAAUUGAGGUGAAGAAUGAACAAAUAGCUUUGUUGGAAGGGCAAAUUGCUGAUUCCAUCAUGGUCUCUCACAACAGCAUGGAUAACUUGGAAACAUCACAAACGGUUGCUGAACUGACAGAACAAUUGAAUGAGAAGUCAUUUGAACUUGAGGUUAAAGCAGCAGAUAAUCGUAUAAUUCAAGAGCAGCUCAACCAAAAGUUGAUGGCAGGCUCUAACUUGACUUUGCCUCUCCAUCAGAUAUGUGAAUGUGAAGGAUUGCAGGAAACAGUUGUCUCUUUGAAGCAGCAGCUCUCAGAUGCACUGGAGUUGAAAAAUCUUAGCCCUCUAGCUAGUUACUCUCAACGAAUUUCUGAACUAAAAAACUUUCAUGCACAACAUCAUGGGGACAAGGAAACUGCAUCAUCGAAAGAUAGAAAUGAAGAUUUGCUUCUACAAGCACAGGCCAUUGAGAUGGAAGAACUGAAGCAAAAAGUUGCUGCACUAACAGAAUCAAAAGAGCAGUUGGAAAUUAGGAACCAAAAAUUGGCCGAAGAGAGUUCAUAUGCUAAAGGGCUAGCCUCAGCUGCUGCUGUUGAGCUCAAGGCAUUAUCAGAAGAAGUUGCCAAGCUCAUGAAUCAUAAUGAGACAUUAACUGCUGAGCUGACAGCAUCGAAGAACUCAUCCACUCAGCGUAGAACUGGCAGUACUGUUCGAAAUGGCCGGAGAGACAAUCACAUGAAACGCCAAGACCAAGUUGGGGCAGCCUCAGAUCUCAAGAGAGAGUUGGCUGUGAGUCGAGAAAGAGAACUUCAAUAUGAAGCUGCUCUUAUCGAGAAGGAUCAAAGAGAGACUGAUCUUCAAAGGAAAGUUGAGGAAUCCAAACAAAGAGAAGCUUAUCUGGAAAAUGAACUUGCUAACAUGUGGGUUCUUGUUGCAAAGCUGAAGAAAUGCCAAGGAGCUGAAAUGGAUGUCUCCGAGACAGCAAGACUUGAUGGUUUUGCAAUCUGA